AUGCAUAUACCUAGGGCCUCUUCCACUAAGGCAGUCGUAGCCCACUUCAUCGUCGGCUACACAUAUUCGUACAGCCAGAAUGAUUGGUUCAAUGACAUCAAUCUUGCCAGUUCUAUGGGAAUAGAUGCGUUCGCUCUGAAUUUGGGAGCAGAUUCCUGGCAACCGAGCCAGAUCGCCAACGCUUACUCGGCCGCUUCGUCGCAUGGCUCCGACUUUAAACUCUUCCUCUCUUUCGACAUGUCCUCGAUACCCUGCGGGUCCGGCGGCGACGCUUCGAAUAUUGGCAACCUCCUCAAUGCCUACGCCAACCACGGAAACCAAUUCUACUUCAAUGGACGUCCGUAUACCUCCACCUUCGGCGGCGAAGGAUGCGCCUUCGGCACCGGUGACGUUAACUCUGGAUGGACCACGGCCGUGCGGAACAAUGUUGGGGCCAACUACUACUUCGUUCCCGCGUUCUUCGGCGACCCCAACGGCUGGGCUAACUACGCAGUCGUCGACGGCGUCUUCAAUUGGAACGGGGGUUGGCCCAUGUCCGCCAACGACGUCACGUUCGAUAGCGAUGCCGGAUAUAUCUCUGCCGCUAACGGCAAACUCGUCAUGUCGGCUGUAAGCCCUUGGUUUUUUGCCCACUACUCCUGGAAAAACGAAGUGUUCGAUACCAAUGACUGGCUAUGGAAUGAGCGCUGGGAGCAGCUAGUCCAGCAUCGCGAUCAGGUGGAUGUCGUGCAGAUUCUCACAUGGAAUGAUUACAGCGAAAGUCAUUACGUGGGUCCUGUUGAUGGUUCUCCUCCUGAUGGCACAUACUGGCAAAACGGCUUCGACCACCAAGGUUUCCUGAACAUGGUACCGUACUACAGUCAGGCGUUCAAGACUGGCAACUAUCCCACCGUCUCGGCGGACCACCUCUUUAUCUGGAGCCGCCCCCACCCGGCGGGCGCCAGCGCCUGCUGCGAUGGCAUCGGCAAGCCCGCCAAUGCCGACUGGCUCUCAGACUACCUCUGGGCCGUCGCGUUCGCCGCCUCAGACGGUUCCGUCACACUCACGUCCGGAAGCAAUACUCAAACGUUCAGUGUGACUGCUGGCGUGAACAAGCUUCAGCUGGCGAGCUCGCCUGGUGGCAUUCAGGGCACAUUGACCCGGGACGGCAAGGCCGUGGUCGACGUUGACCCUGGAUCGGCGUUCACAUACACGUCCGAUCCCCAACAGUACAACUACAACGCUUUCGUUGCAUGGGCUUGA